AUGACAAUUACAAAACCAACUACCUUAAACAGAAAAGUUAAAUCACACGGUUUAAUCAAUGAUAGUAUUGGUGACAUGUUAACACGUAUUCGUAACUCUUGUUUAGCAAAAAAAUCAACUGUUUCAAUUCCAUUUACACGAUUAAACCAACAAAUUGCCCAAAUUUUAGAACAAGAAGGUUUUAUUCAAACGUAUCAAGUUUCUUUAGAUUCACAAGAUUUAACACUUCGCCUUAAAUAUAGAUCAAAAAAAAUCUAUCGUGGUAAGAAAAAAGAAUCAUGUAUUACAAAUUUAAAAAGAAUCAGUAAACCUGGUUUACGUAUUUAUUCUAACCAUAAAGAAAUUUUACGCAUUUUAGGUGGUACAGGCAUUGUUAUUGUGUCUACUCCUGAAGGUCUUAUGACAGAUCGUGAAGCUCGUCUUCGUGGUAUUGGUGGCGAAUUACUUUGUUCUGUUUGGUAA